UAACAAAUCUGGCCUCAUUUUGUCGUGUUUAAGUGUUAUCUAUACAAAAAUAUGUGUUGUUUCUACGAAAAUAUAAGUAUUCACCUACAAAUAUGAUUUUUGUGUUCCUAAUAGGAUGUAUAGGAUAUUUGUGUUCUCAUCUACAUCUAGUUGAUUCUCUAUUCGAAAUUAAAAGUGACCCGGAGAUAUAUAUGAAUAUUAGUGAAAUAAUACGGAGACAAGGCUAUCUAGUCGAAGAACAUGAGAUUACUACCAGUGAUCAAUAUAUUCUGUGUUUAAUUAGACUUUACACAAAACAGUCAGUUUAUCAAAGUGUUUCACUUCCAAGAUCAGAAACAUCAUUAUUUUUUGCAAUUUUAGAGCGUAAAGUUGUUUUAUUGCAACAUGGAUUGUUGGACUCGUCACAUGCAUGGGUGAUGAAUUUAAAAAAUCAGAGUUUAGGAUAUAUUUUGGCUGAUUAUGGGUAUGAUGUAUGGCUAGGAAACAGCAGAGGCAAUACAUAUUCAAAAAAACAUAAGCAUCUUGAUUCAAGUCAAAAAGAGUAUUGGGAUUUUUCAUGGCAAGAAAUGUCGGGUUAUGAUUUUCCGGCUACAAUCAGAUAUAUUAUAUCUGUUACUAAGAUGAAACAACUAAGCUAUAUUGGAUUUUCUCAGGGAUCACUUAUCGCUAUGACGGCAUUAGAUGACAACCCAGAAUUACAAUCAAAUAUUAAUCUAUUUAUAGCCUUUGGCCCAGUUGGCUAUUUCGCAAAUGUGAAAGGCAUUUUCCUCCCACUAGUUCAUCACUAUAUAAUUGCUCAGUUUGUCUUAAAAUAUUUAACACGUGGUGAAGUCCUUCCGUCCGAUCAUUAUAUGAAGAUUUUGGGAAAGUAUCUUUGCGGGUUUGGCCCAAAUUUGUGCAUGUCCGUUAUUGAUAGUAUUGCUGGAAACGAUGGCUUCAAUACUAAUUUGACACGUCUUCCACUUAUUAUCGCUCACUCUCCAGCAGGAACGUCGACUAAAAAUCUAGUCCAUUUUAGCCAAAUGAUUGACAGUCAUCUGCUACAGAAAUUUGACUACGGACAGUACAUGAAUAGACAUAUUUAUGGUCAAGACGAUCCUCCUUCAUACACCCUGAAAAACUUUAACAUUCCAACAGUCAUUUAUCAUGGCGGAAAUGAUCAUUUAUGUACAAACGAAAGCAUUGAUUUACUUAUACAAAGGAUUAACAAAACUAUCAUCUCUGUGAACUAUAUUGAAAAUUAUAAUCAUUUAGGCUACUUCUGGAGUACAAAUGCUGUAGACCUAAUUUACUCAUCGUUACUUAGAUUAAUCGAGAAAUAUCACGGAUAAGAUUUUAAGAAGUUGACAGUUAUCUCUAUCCAAUAAACCAAAUUAUCUAUUUUCUUCGUUUAAUAUCUGUCAAAAUUUUUAAUGUUUUAAUGAUAGUGAUGAUGUCACAGGUAUUCAGUGUUUGACAACGCUUCUACCAGUAACACCUUCUAGUAUAUUUCGUUCCCGCCCAGAGAAAUCAAAAGACAGAGUCGAGGAGAUCGGAAGAGUAUAUUUGGCGAUGACCAAUAUAUCGGAAUUCUCUGAUCUAAUCUGGCUAGCGAUUGCGGUUGAUGUUGAGCACGGCGUUACCACACGUGAUCUGGUGCGGAUGCAAGACCGAGCGCCUUCAGCUAGAUGAGUCCACUAAAACAUAUGGUCAGCAUCCAAUGUCGAAAACUUAGGGCUAUUUAUUUUGGGGAUUUAUUUACCGCUACAAUAGUAAUGACGAGAAAAUGUAACAAUCGAUUUAGGCCUGUAAUAAAUCAGUUGAAAUUAGCUUACUGAAGAAAAAUGCCCAUUAUUUUGUUUGUGGAUUUUCGUCAUUUGGAGAACUUACAAACUACGAGCAAGUUAUUUGUUUGAAUGAUUGAAAAUCAUUACUUAGCUUCGCUUUAGUUCACAAGAAAUCUCUCCUCACAUAUUCAUAGCCAUGAAAUUUAAAGUUGUAAUUGGAUGAUGAAACAUCUGGAAUACGUAUGGUUUACGGUAGGAAAUCAGAAGUUAUACAUAUUUAGUCUUGAUUCUGAAAAUCUAGAUCUUUGGAGACCAUUUCAUCUAUUUUUAAAUGCUGAAUUUAUAAACGAGUUUGUGAGCCGAAUGUGAUGUGGUUUUGUCAAUAUUUGACCAAAUGUAACAAUUUUUCUUCAUGGAUUGUGAUUGCGGCUUGAUAAUAGAUUUUUCAACAGGGACCUAAUUCCUAGAAAAGAUUUGAGUGCCAUUUCGUUUUUCUGACUAAUCGCAAUGCAAUUUAAUUUAAAUAACCGCAGAUUCUCUUGGACGACAGAGAAAAAGCACGAACAGGUAUGUAACUAUAUGACAGAAAAAAUUCAGUGCAAAUGAACUUACGUGCUGAAUUUAUUUUUCAUAGACUAAUUAUCAUAAGUUAGUUUGAAAAAACGCACCUGAAUAGUUAGUAUCGGAAUCACUAAUAUCCAAAUAUUAGAAAUGUCACGACGGAUGAAAACUAAUAAAUGAAUUUAAUGUUUGAUUCCUUUCCAAGUAUCUGCGAUUGGCACAAGAUCAUUUCUGUAAAAACAACUAUUCCGUUGUGUUUUGUUCCAUCAAAGUGAAUUAUUUUUUAGGUUUGUUGUCCUAUACUAUCUUGCGAAAAACGAGAUAUAUUCAUUUUUUUCUGUUUGUUUACUUUGGAUGUCCUCAAGAGCGAUGUCAUAUUUUUUAGCUUGGUUUUUGACAUUCGUUUCUUAUGUGAAAACAGUGGAGGCUACAAACUCUUUCUUAGAAGCAUUCUUAUUACCAUUUACAGAUACUAAAAUCCAUAACUUGUUAUAAAUUUUUCUCAACUCUCCUUAAACUUUGUUCCUCAUAUACAUACUAUUCAUAAUGUUACAUUUCAAUGAUGGACGUGAA